AAAGAACAACGAUUUCGUGUUAAAGCAACAAUAAUUUCAGGUUCCAUAGCAGAGAGGGAGAAGCCCGUGGAGCUCAGCCCACCCUGUGCAGGGAGUGACAGGACUGGACCCACUUUUAGGUUUUUCCAACCUAAACGAUUCCACGAGCCUGUGACUCCAUUCUAUGACAGCCCAAGCAGCCAGGGCCAGACACAACAAAAAAAAUCUAAAAAGUGCUUUUAACUGGAGGUUUCUAACGGGUCUCCAUGUGUGUUCCUGAGGGAUUAACAGUGUCCAGAGGCUUCCCGUGCCGGGCAGCUGCGUCACGUCGUCACAGCAACCCGCUCACCAAGGCCCUGCAGCCGCAGCUCCGGCUCCAUCUCUCCUGUAGUUUCUUUUAAUUACAGAUGGGAAAGGCUGUGAAAGCCGGGGCUGGAGGUCCUCAGAGUCCCGGGAGAAGCCGGUGACCCCGGGUCUGUGCAAGCCCUGCACAGGCGCGUUUCACAACAAUGAAUUUUGCUGUUAAACUCUCACAGGGCAGAGCGGUGGCUUUGGGGACACUGCCAUCCCCUCCUGGUCACAGCUCAGCGGCGAAAGUUAUUUCCCUUUCAUGUGGCUUAUUCCCAGCAACUCACACCCCAGAGAGACCCGUCGAGCCCAGAUGGAUGAGAUGACCUUUAAAGGUCCCUUCCAACCCAAACCACUCCAUGAUUCCCCAGUUUCCCCUGCAAGCACGAGCAUCACCUCCUUAGCAAAACACACCACGGAGAGAGAAAUAGGUCCCAUUUUACCACCUCAGCCCCAAAACUGAGUUGGAAUCCCCUCCCCUGGGUGGGACCCACGGGGUGAUGUUCAUCCACACAAGGUGAGGCUGGUCCCCACGGGGUGAGCUCGGUCCCCGUGAGGUGGUGCCAGUGCCUGCAGGGUCAGGCUGGUCCCCGUGGGAUGACGCCGGUCCCUGCAGGGUCAGGCUGGUCCCCACGCUCAGGGGCUGCUCUCCCCUGCUGCCUUUGAUCAGAGCAUGGCUCUGGUUUCCCUGCCGGCUGCUCUCCGUGCCGUGGGUUUCCAGCGGGAGGUGGGGAAGCGCAGUCAGCCUGACCCUCCCCUCCUCGGAUCUGUCAUCAGCAACAGAAAAAUCCUUCCCGGCCCCAAGUUACUCAGCCUGAAUCCUGCAGGAUUUGCCGGAGUGGAAGGAUGGCAGAGCAGCCCUGCCUGGGUCCCCCUGCCAGCCCCGCGCCCCCGAACCCCCGCGCCCACCCCAGGGACAAGUGGAGCAAAAAGAUGGAUUUCCUCCUCUCCGUCAUCGGAUUCGCCGUCGAUCUGGGCAACGUCUGGCGGUUCCCUUACAUCUGCUACCAGAACGGAGGGGGAGCCUUCCUCAUCCCCUACACGCUGAUGGCUGUUUUCGGGGGGGUGCCCCUCUUCUACAUGGAGCUGGCCCUGGGGCAGUUCCACAGGACAGGUGCCAUCCCCAUCUGGAAGCGCAUCUGCCCCCUCUUUAAAGGCAUCGGCUUUGCCAUCUGCAUCAUCGGCCUCUACGUCUCCUUCUACUACAACACCAUCAUCGCCUGGGCUCUCUACUACUUCUACUCCUCCUUCUCGGGCACCCUGCCCUGGGCGAGCUGUGACAACCCCUGGAACACCCCUGACUGCACCAACUACUUCGGGAAGAGCAACGUGACCUGGACCAACUUCUCCAGGUCCCCCGCCGAGGAGUUUUACACGAGGAAGGUCCUGGAGAUCCAGAAAUCCGGGGGUCUGUACGACAUCGGGGGGAUCCGCUGGCAGCUGCUCCUCUGCCUCUUCCUCAUCUUCACCAUCGUCUACUUCAGCCUGUGGAAAGGGGUGAAAACCUCUGGGAAGGUGGUGUGGGUGACAGCCACGCUGCCCUACAUCGUCCUGCUCAUCCUGCUCAUCCGUGGGGCCACCCUGCCUGGAGCCUGGAGAGGGGUCGUCUUCUACCUGCGCCCAGACUGGGGCAAACUCCUGAGCACCGCGGUUUGGGUGGAUGCUGCUGCACAGAUUUUCUUCUCCUUGGGCCCUGGAUUUGGAGUCCUCCUUGCUCUGGCCAGUUACAACCAUUUCCACAAUAACUGCUACCGGGACGCGCUCGUCACCAGUGCCGUGAACUGCCUCACCAGCUUCCUCUCGGGCUUCGUCAUCUUCACCGUGCUGGGCUACAUGGCCGAGAUGAGGGACGUGGAGGUGGAGGAUGUUGCCAGAGAUAAAGGGCCCAGCCUCCUCUUCAUCACCUACCCUGAAGCAAUUGCCAACAUGGUGGGGUCCACCUUCUUCGCCAUCAUUUUCUUCCUGAUGAUGAUCACCCUGGGGCUGGACAGCACGUUUGGGGGCUUGGAGGCCGUGAUCACGGCCGUGAUGGACGAGUACCCCCAGGUCCUGGCAGGGCGACGGGAGCUCUUUGUCCUCGGCCUCAUCACAGUCUGUCUCCUGGGCUCCCUCAGCACCCUCACCUAUGGGGGAGCCUACGUGGUGAAGUUGCUGGAGGAGUUCGGUGCCGGCUGCUCCAUCCUGGCAGUGGUGCUCCUGGAAACCAUCGCUGUCUCCUGGUUUUAUGGGAUCCAAAGGUUCUCCCACGAUGUCAAAGCCAUGCUGGGCUUUACCCCGGGGCUCUUCUGGAAGCUGUGCUGGGUCGCCAUCAGCCCGGCCCUGCUGGCAUUCAUAGUCAUCAGCUCCCUCCUGGACCAGCCACCCCUGACCCUCUUUGACUACCAGUACCCUGAGUGGAGCAUCUCGGUGGGAUUCCUCAUCGGAGCAUCGUCCUUCAUCUGCAUCCCCCUCUACAUGGUGUACAAGCUCGUCUGGACACCGGGGUCGCUCAAGCAGCGCCUCGCCAUCUGCAUUCGGCCCGAGAAGACCAUGCGAGCCCCCCAGGCAGAGGGGGUGGGCAUGGCCCCCGUCCUGUAGCACGGCCGGGGGACACGGAGACUGCUCUGGCUCCCUCCUUGGCACAGCGAUGGGGCAGCCACCAUCGCCCUCCUCAUCACGAACUGGCUCUUGCAUCUCCACGAGCAUCCCGGUGGAAGCGGCACCGUCCUGGCGGAGCAGAGCCCGUUCUCGCUGCUGGCUGCAGAACCUGCGGCCCGCAGCAGGGAGAACGGGACCCACCGCUGGGGCCGGUGGGCUCUGGAAGGCAAGGGGACAAACGCCCGGGGUUGGAGGAGAACUCCAGCAGCUCCAGGAGCGGACGGAGGAAUUGCCCCCCCGCCCCGUGCAGCCCCGAGGGUGCGAGCAGUGCAUGUCUGUAGCUGUGCCGUGAGUCUUUGGAAAAUAAAGCUGAUGCCGAUGCUCGGAGAUGAGGGCAGGGAGAGGAGCCGGA